AUGUUUGGGCAGCAACCAAUUCUAGUUUUGAGCCAAAACACAAAACGUGAUUCAGGACGGAAGGUUCAGUUGGAGAAUAUUAAUGCUGGAAAAACGAUAGCGGACGUUAUUCGAACAUGCCUUGGACCGCAAGCUAUGUUGAAAAUGCUAAUGGACCCUAUGGGUGGUAUCGUAAUGACAAAUGAUGGUAACGCUAUUCUUCGUGAGAUAACAGUGCAGCAUCCAGCAGCUAAGACAAUGAUAGAAAUUGCCAGAACACAAGAUGAAGAGGUCGGCGAUGGUACCACAUCAGUCAUUGUCCUGACUGGGGAGAUGUUAGCUGUAGCACAACCAUUUCUGUCUCAGAAUAUUCAUCCAACUGUGAUAAUCCGUGAAUAUCGUCAAGCAUUGGAAGAUGCUAUUAAACUACUUCAAGAUAAAAUCUCUGUACCUAUUGAUUUAAAUGACAGGGAUAAAUUGAAAGAAGUUAUUCGUUCUUGCAUAGGAACAAAAUAUAUUGGUCGUUGGGCUGAUUUAGCAGUUGAUAUUGCUCUUGAUGCAGUCAGUACUGUCACUAUUGUUGAUAACGGCAGAGUUGAAGUUGAUAUUAAAAACUAUGCUAAGGUAGAAAAGAUACCAGGAGGUACAAUUGAGGAAUCACGAGUAUUGAAUGGUGUAAUGUUCAACAAAGAUGUCACUCAUCCAAAGAUGCGACGCUACAUUGAAAAUCCACGCAUAGUCUUACUUGAUUGCUCAUUGGAAUACAACAAGGGGGAGAGUCAAACAAAUGUUGAAGUUUUUGGCGAACAGGAUUUCACCAAGCUGCUGCAAUUGGAAGAGGAGUUUGUACAGCGUCAAUGCGAAGACAUCAUUGCAUUGAAACCAGAUGUCGUCGUGACUGAGAAGGGUGUGUCUGACUUGGCGCAACACUACCUCGUUAAAGCCGGCAUCACUGCAAUUCGACGGCUACGUAAGACUGAUAACAAUCGUCUAGCGCGUGCAUGUGGGGCGACGAUAGUGAACCGUACGGAAGAGUUGAAGGAGUCCGAUGUUGGUACUGCAGCAGGCAAGUUCGAAGUCAAGAAGAUUGGGGACGAGUACUUCACAUUUGUCACGGAAUGCAAGAACCCUAAGGCCUGUACAAUCCUAUUGCGCGGGGCUUCCAAGGAUGUGUUAAAUGAAAUUGAGAGGAAUCUCCAGGAUGCUUUGCAUGUCGCUAAGAAUUUGGUUUUAAACCCGCGUCUCGUACCGGGAGGUGGUGCGGUGGAGAUGGCGGUAUCCGCUGCCCUGACCGCGAACUCCUCACACAACACACCCUACCGUGCGGUGGCCCAGGCACUUGAGAUAAUCCCGCGUACGCUCGCGCAGAACUGCGGCGCGAACACGAUCCGCACGCUGACGGCGCUGCGCGCGCGCCACGCGGCGGGCGCCAGCAGCGCCGGCAUCGACGGCGACACCGGCGACAUCGUCGACAUGGCCGUGCGCGCCAUAUGGGAGCCGCUCGCGGUCAAGAUGCAGAUCUACAAAACAGCAGUGGAAACAGCGAUCCUUCUAUUGCGAAUCGACGAUAUUGUUUCCGGUUCCAAGAAGAAGACUGACAACGAGCCCAACGCGCCCGCCGCCAUGGCAGCGCAGGAAUAA